CUCCUGAGGGCCCCGGAUGAAGAGUAACGCCAUUACUGCCCGAGCCGCCGAGAACCCUAGCGGACGCGUACUGGACGCUGACCGGCCGCGCCAUGAGACUCCUCCCCCGCAUGCUGCUGCUGUUCCUGCUGGCCUUCCCCGCCGCUGUGCUGCUUCGCGGUGGUCCCGGAGGGUCAUUAGCUGUGGCUCAAGAUCUUACAGAAGAUGAGGAAACAGUAGAAGAUUCAAUAAUUGAAGAUGAAGAUGAUGAAGCUGAAGUAGAAGAAGAUGAACCCACAGAUUUGGCAGAAGAUAAGGAAGAAGAAGAUGUUUCUGGUGAACCGGAAGCUUCACCGAGUGCAGACACAACCAUCCUGUUUGUAAAAGGAGAAGAUUUUCCAGCAAACAAUAUCGUGAAGUUCCUGGUAGGCUUUACAAACAAGGGGACAGAAGAUUUUAUUGUUGAAUCGCUAGACGCUUCAUUCCGUUAUCCUCAGGACUACCAGUUUUACAUCCAGAAUUUCACAGCUCUUCCUCUGAACACUAUAGUGCCACCCCAAAGACAGGCAACUUUUGAGUAUUCCUUCAUUCCUGCAGAACCCAUGGGGGGACGGCCCUUUGGUCUGGUCAUCAAUCUGAACUACAAAGAUUUGAAUGGCAAUGUAUUCCAAGAUGCUGUCUUCAAUCAGACAGUCACAGUUAUUGAGAGAGAGGACGGGUUAGACGGAGAAACAAUUUUUAUGUAUAUGUUCCUUGCUGGUCUUGGACUUCUAGUUGUUGUUGGCCUUCAUCAACUCCUAGAAUCUAGAAAGCGCAAGAGACCCAUUCAGAAAGUAGAAAUGGGUACAUCGAGUCAGAAUGAUGUUGACAUGAGCUGGAUUCCUCAGGAAACUUUGAACCAGAUCAAUAAAGCUUCUCCAAGAAGGGUGCCCAGGAAGCGGGCACAGAAGAGAUCGGUGGGAUCUGAUGAGUAAAUGUUCUUUGUGCAACAGUUCAGUCUGUGCUUCCCCUGCCCUAAUGUUUUUCGGCCUCAUGGAAAUUAGUGCAGCGAAGCCAUAUCACCAUAGAAGGCAACUACUGCUUAUGUGUGGACUGAGCAGUUAAGAGUCUGUGGCGAUAAUAUUGCUGAAAAUGCACUGCAUUCGUUUUUCUAAAGUAACAAAUUUGGUUGUUUUUUUUUUUUUAACCAUUAAACCGUGUGGGUGUGAAUGUCUGUGAGCAGUUGUCUUACCAGAAUCAUUGUUAAACUACCUGAAACAUGCCUUUAGAAUACUCAGCAAAAUGCUGUUGCUGCUUCCAUUGUGAUAUUUUCUGAAGUUUGCCCUCAAGCUCAAUUAAUAUUUGUCUGCAAUGUGGUUUUAGGUGCUCUGCUGUGAAUUGUUUUGAAGAGAUAAUUUAUUUCUUGGAAUUGAUCAAAUCCAAACUGAUGGCAUAAGCCAGCCUUUUGCUUGCUGUCUGUACAGCGGUAUUCUAAAGGCACAGCAGGAGUGGCUGCCAGGGGAGCAGCAGAGGCAUGUGGGUAUUUGCUGCUGUUCACUGUGUGCAUGCCUUCAGGAACUUACCAUGGAGUCAAGGAAUGUUGGAAUUUCUAGCAACACAAUUGUGAAACCUGGCAGUUUUACUGACGGUAGUAUAUAAAUCCUAAUUCUGUUCCAGUUUUUUUUUUUUUUUUUUUUUUUU